GCCGCGCUUUGCAAAAAGCUGCGCGCUGGCAGCGGCGCAGGCGGGGAGGGAUCCCGGCUCGUCUCCUCCGGUGCCCGCGGUGGGUGGCGCAGCCCGGCCAUGCCCCAGCGGGCUGCCCCAAGCCUUGGCAGCAUGUGGCGGGGACCGGCGCUGCCGCUGCACGUGUCCGGCGGCGGCAGCGGCAGGUAACCCCCGUCCCUCGCCUUUGCCUCUCCCCAUAUGCCCAGAUGUGCCCAGGAGAGGGCCAUGGACUGGCUCCUGCUUCUCCUGGGGGCUUUGCCCGUCGCGAUUGGCAGCGGCACCUCCAUGCCCGCGCUCACCCUCUUCUGGCUGGGCGGCGUUGCCAAGGUGUGUUGCCUCUCUCGGGGGUCUUUGGCCUCGUCUUUCAGCGGUGAGGGUGGCAGCAGCAGCAGCAGCAUCGGUGGACUCAGCCAUGAUUACAUCUUUGUCACUCCCGUUGAGGUGGACUCCAGCGGAUCAUACAUCUCGCACAACAUUUUGCACGGCGCUAGGAGGAAGAGAUCUUUCCCGAGCUCUAAGAGUUCCUUGCACUACCGUUUUUCAGCAUUUGGACAAGAUAUGCACUUGGAGCUCAAACCUUCUGAUCUUUUUAGCUACAGUUUUACUGUCCAGGUCCUUGGGAAAGACGGCAUCGCAGAUCUCAAAGACCACCGGGUUGAACCGUGUUUCUAUCAGGGAUUUAUACGGAACUAUAACUCCUCUUCAGUAGCCAUAUCUACGUGUGUAGGCUUGUCAGGUUUGAUAAGGACCCAGGAGAAUGACUUCCUUAUAUCUCCAUUACCUCAACACCUAGCGCAGGAACACAACUACACGGCGCCCGCUGGACACCACCCUCACGUACUGUACAAACGGACAGCUGAAGAUAAAGUUCACCGGUACAAAGUAGAUUCAAAUCCCCAUCACAUUCCCCUUGGCCAUGGCAGCAAUCACCCUGCCCACAAGUAUCAGGUUCAAGCGAAUGAUUACCACCAUGGAAGGUUUCAAAAGCAGCAUUUUUGUGGACGUCGCAAGAAAUACACACCUAAGCCACCCACCGAGGACACAUUCAUCCUCUCUGAUGAAUACGGGAGUUCGACAAGGUUGAAAAGAUCCCCCAUUAAAAGCGAGAAAGGCGGAAGCUUGAAUGUGGAGACUCUGGUUGUGGCUGACAAGAAAAUGUUGGAGAAACACAGUAAGGAGAAUGUCACCACAUACAUCUUAACAGUGAUGAACAUGACAGAACCUCAUAGUUUUGGCCAGUACUGGCUGACUGCAGGUAUAAGUCCCUCUUUGAGGUACCCGUUCACGCUUACCUUGCCAUUAACUUCAUUUGCCCUCAGUAAUACAUUGUGA